CACGUGCGCGCUGAGCCGUGUGGGGAGCGUGCGGCGUCGCUGCCGGGGCCGGUCCCGGACCCGCGUCGCCGCGGCGGGUGACGUCGUCGCCGACCAGGCGUGUUCUGGCCGCCGCUCUCCGGGGGACGGGGCCGGCAUGGUGAGGGUCCCGGCCGCCGAGGGCGCCCCGAGCCACCCCGGGGCCGCGCCGGGCCUUGUCGCGGUGCUCACUCGGAGGAAGAACAGCAAGAAGAAAAGGUCGUGGAGGAACAAAGCGCGAGAAGCAAGCAGGAAGCCGGGACGCGACCCAGGCCUUGUCGCGAUGCGACCUCCAAAGGCCCCACAGGACUUUUCCCGAAACUGGAAAGCUCUGCAGGAGCUGCUGAAACAAAAAUCACAAGCCCCAGAAGAGCCUCUUGCUAUCUGUCAGAUGGGUUCCAAAAAGCAGCCUGAAAUUAUCCAGCAAAACAGAAGAGAAGUCUCAGAUACAGCAAAGGGAGAUGAGAUGCCGGCAGAAAAAGGCCCAGCAGCCACUGGGGGCUCUGCUCCUUCAGGACCUAAGACAAGCAGGAAAGUGCUACCACCUCACACAAAGGCCAAUGGACACAGUGAGAAAGGAACCAAGAAAAGCACAAGUGACAUUUCUAAGAAACGAGGGGACAUCAAGCAUAAGAAGCGGAAAGCUACGGAGCCGGCUGCAGCCUCAGCUCCAGCCCUGCCCACUGAGGAAGACAUCUGGUUUGAUGAUGUUGACCCGGCAGAUAUCGAAGCUGCCAUAGGCCCAGAGGCAGCCAAGAUAGCAAGAAAACAGCUGGGUUGGAGUGAAAGCAGUGUCACCCUGGUGAAAGAGCAGGCCUCCAGUGGCCUGACGAAAGCCUUGGCCAUGGAUUGUGAGAUGGUGGGCGUGGGCCCCAAGGGGGAGGAGAGUGUGGCCGCCCGCGUGUCCAUCGUGAACCAGCACGGGAAGUGUGUAUACGACAAGUACAUCAAGCCGACCCAGCCUGUGACGGACUACAGGACAGCGGUCAGCGGGGUACAGCCUGAGAACCUCAAGCAGGGAGAAAAACUCGAAGUUGUUCAGAAGGAAGUGGCAGAAAUGCUGAGGGGCAGAAUUCUAGUUGGACAUGCUCUGCAUAACGAUCUGAAGGUACUGUUUCUUGAUCAUCCAAAAAAGAAGAUUCGGGACACACAGAAAUACAAACCUUUCAAGAGCCAAGUGAAGAGUGGAAGACCGUCUCUGAAGCUACUGUCAGAGAAAAUCCUAGGGAUCAGGGUCCAGCAGGCAGAGCACUGUUCGAUUCAAGAUGCCCAGGCAGCAAUGAGACUCUAUGUCACUGUGAAGAAGGAAUGGGAGAGUGUGGCCAGAGACAGGCGCCAGGUGACCGCCCCAGACAGCUGCAGUGGCAACAUGUAGGGACGCUGCCCUGCUGCUGGUGCUGCUCCAUCCCACCAUCCUGUGGUGACACCUCAGGCCAAAAGCUGUUGUGAUCAAAUCACGGAGACAGAUCAAGUCUCCCCAAAGAGGCGAUUCUGGAGAAACAUUUUCAAGAUGAUGGCAGCGGGGGCGUGGCCUGCAUGCUACUGAGAACGUCCUGCUCCCUCGUGACUUUGAGGUCUGAGACCUCGUGUGUGUUUGGGGACAGGGUGGGCAGGGCCGUGGCAGGGGAAGAUGCCAGGAAACUCUGUGGGCGUGCCUGGCGACUGCCGUCCACUGACCACCAGAGUGAGGACACGACAUCUGGGCUGUCGCUGCCAACCUGACAAUGGGUUUUGGUGGGAGUCACCUGGGGUCCCUAGAGCAGAAAGCAGCCUGGGUGCUCAGCAGCCUCCUCUCAGGUGACCACUUCUUCCCUGUUGUCUCGGGUGAUGGAGCAAGCCCUGUCAGGCUCAGGGCCCAGACACAGCUGGCAGCACGGCAGUUGCUGCAUGGGGAGUUCCCUGUGGCAUUUGGACUUUGAGAGGGACUUUGUGAGGUGUUUCUUACUCACUCCUGUCUGUCUAAAUUGGUCCAGGGGUGGCCAGGGCACGGUGGCCCCUGCUGUCCCUGGUGGUGAGCGCCUGUCUUUGUCUCAGACACGUGCUAGCCUUGUGCUGUUUGGCCUGGGAAAGCUGUGUGGGUGCUCAAGGGCCAGGCUGCAGCUUUUCUGGCUGGGCCCAGGUUUGAGGAUCUUUCUGGGAACCAGAAUCAGUAGCCGCCAGUCACACUGGCUGUACAGAGAAGGUGCAAGGCCCUGCAGGUGUUGCUGAAUGUAAACACAGGUGUUCACUGUAAGUAGUGCUGUGGAGGCUCCGUCCCCUCCCUUAUUUAGAACGGUCUGAAAGGACUGCUGUGUCCACUCUGCUGCCACACGGCCCAGCCAGGGACAAGGUGUGUGUAAAGACAGCCAUGUUCAGUACCACUACCAGUCGAUCACAGCCUACACCAGGGUGACUCGGACACACCAGGAACUGGCUUUGGGCCUCUUUAGUCACCUAAAAUGAGUGUGUGAUACACAUACUGCUCCUGGGUGACCAUUCAUAGCCCCCCACUCUCCAGGAAAAGACUGCCUCCGCUCACAGGGCAGCUCCAGCUGUGGCUCAAGGAAGGGAAGGGCAAUCACUUCAGGGCCGGGGUGGAGGGCGCACAUGGAGUGGGGAGGCCUUUGGGGUGUCUGUGUCCUCCCCAGCGUCAGUGCCACGCAGCUCCCCCUCCAGCCUCAGGAGCACUUUUUCUGCAUAAGAAACCAGCUCCUGGAAGGAGGAAACAAGCAGGAAGUUAUUUUUAUGGACAGUGUUGGGGUCCAGGAGCAAUUAUUUGUGACUUAAUUCAUUGGUCGUGGACAGGAAACUUUCUUUCAUUAUUUCUCCGAUUAUUUCUCCCCUUUAAGAUUGACUUUUGGCCCAGCUAUUGAUGGAGUAAUAAUAGGCAGGCAGGAAAAUAGUCAUUAAAAACUGUGUGGGUUGAGGUCAAGGUCAGUUCUUUAUUCCAGGCCCCCAGACUCAGUGUUCCCGGUCUGAGGACUUUGGCCUGGUGAGAGGCCUGCUUUACUGAGGGCCUGCUGCCACUCACCAGGCUGGAGGUGAAGCGCCUCUUCAUCUCCCAGACCAGGGCAUUGAUACCACUGGACUCCAGUUCUGGCAGGAUCUCCUCUGAGGGUAGAGUAAAGCAGGUCCUGAGGCCAGGGUCUACCCCCAUGACCCCCGCCAGGAGCCCUGGCCAGCCAGGAGAACAAGGAUGGGUCCCAGAUCCACUUAAGCUUGGCACGAGAGUGCUGCUUUGAGGUUCUGGAGCCCCGUGCACCACCCCUCUGCUAGGGCAGUGCCUAGCAUGUAGUGGGUGCUCAGCAGAUGACAGAGGACUCAGGAGUGUCGGGGAGCUGCAAAGUGGGGGUUGACACCAGUUCCAUGGAGCUCCUUCCCUCUCCCAUCCGCCAGCCUCAGGAGGGCUCACUGUAGGACGAGAGGUAGGCCAGCAGCAGGCACAAGUUCUCCACCACCUCAGGGUCGUCCCUGUAGAGCUGGUAGGUCUCCUUGAUGAGGGCCAGGCCACUGCUGCCCUCCCCUGGCACCACCAUCUGGAAUGCCGCCAGCUCUGGGGGUAGAUGGGGGAGGGGCGGAGAUUGGGUUCAUGCCCUGGUACAACCCCCCUCCUAGCUGGCCUUGGGUCAGGGCUUAGAACCCUGCGCCAUAUCCUCUGGAAAAUGGGGGUGCCGAUGGUGCCGAUUUCACAGCUGUUGAGAAAACUGGUGCUUGGGACAGUGAGGGCUGCCCCGCCUGCUGGUAGAGGAAGCUGCAGUUGCCUGGAGCACUGAUCCUGAGCCUGGGCUUUCCCCCAUUCUCCUUGUAAAUCUUGUUAGGAAGAAAAGGAGGAUUGCAGCAGGGCGUGGGGCUUUGCUCUCCCUCCCUCCCCCCUCUCCCCGCCCCCCACGUCCACCCUGGCGGCAGAGGCCUGGCUUUGGCUGGAGGGACCUCUUGGCCUGGGCUUGACUGCAGCAGCACCCUUCUUCAAGGGCAUGGGUGGGGCAUGGACCUGGCAUGGCAGGAUGGGCCUGGUGUUGGGCUUCAGCUUCUGAGGAAUGGGAGCCUGCUGUUAGCAGCAACAGUGCUCGGGCGCCUGCCCUGGGUACCACACCGAUGUCCUUAUCAGGUCUGGACCCAAAACUGAGGCUCAAAGCAGUGAGACCACCUGAACAUCACACAGCAAGCAGUUCUCACCCAGACUGGCUCCAGAGUCUUGCUCACUGGGUCUGUGACCUUUCUCCUUGGGAGCUGAGUCAUGUCCCUUUUGUUGUCAGGGUUCAGCCUCUCCUGUCUCAUGAGGGCAUUGACUGCUGACCUUUCACACAGGUUGAUUGGUAGGACCUCAAUCGGGGGCCCAGUACUGAAGCCCAGGGUAUUGCUCUGAGAGGGAAGAGCCUCCCGCCCAGGAAAGAUCACCUGCUCUCCUCUCUAGGCAUAGCCCACCCUGGAACAGUUAGGAUGGGACUUCAGGAGUGCUGGGGCAGGACAGGAGGCGAUAGGGCCCCACCCCGUCCUGCCGCCAGGAGGCCCCAUCAGCGUGGGCAGCCCAGCCGACUAGAGCAGGCAUGACUAGAACAGGACUGGAGAGGGAGCAGAGGAGACAGUCCCCAGAGCCGGAGGAAGACUAUAGUGCAGAGGUUAGGACCACAGGGAGUUGCCCAAGGGUGGGGGCCAUGCACCAGCUGGUGACCUUGGCCAGUCCAUUGGCCUCAGGUUUUCUCUGUAAAGGAUUACUGUGCCGUGGUUAGUGUGGGACACAUGGUGCAGAGUACAGAUAGGCAGGGCUUCUGUUGUGGGGGCUUGAAGAUACAGUCUCCAGGGCUGUCCUAAUAAGGAACACCUUAUGUUGAUAAGGCAUGAUAGGCCAGGGGAAAGUGGUCACGAUAUAUCACUAAGCAAAAAAAAUAAAGUAUCAGUGUGUGUGUAGAAGUCCUGAGCAA